CAAAAAUAAAAAAUUUGAUGGGCCGAGCACAAAAACAGUUUACUUGAAGAAAUUUUAGGGCCUUAGAUAUUAUCGCAGCGUACGUAUAAAUCUACAACUCCUUACCGCUUAGGGUUUGGUUACCUCGUCGGUUUUGCAAAUUUCAUCAGCCAACAUGCCAAAGCAGAUUCAUGAGAUAAAGGAUUUUCUGCUGACAGCUAGAAGGCCGGAUGCACGUUCCGUGAGGAUCAAGAGGAGUAAGGAAGUGGUUAAGUUCAAGGUUAGGUGCUCAAAGUACCUAUACACCCUCUGUGUGUUUGAUCUCGAGAAGGCUGAGAAACUGAAGCAGUCCCUUCCACCCGGUUUGAGUGUGCAAGACCUGUGAGUAUGCUACCCCAAAAGAUUUUUGGUUGGAUUUUUUGCAAACAAAUGGAAUUUUGAACUUGUUCUACAAGUUUGGUGACUAUUUUGCCAUAGUAACUUUGGUCAAGACACAUUUAUCCUAAUGAUCUGCAUUUAUGUAUUUUAGGUAUAUGAGGUUGUCUAUAGUUAACUUUUUAUGAUUUUAUUCAAAAUAUGUCUCGUUGCUAUUAA